GCAUGACCUGCUGGUGUGUCUUCAGUGUCUGGCAUUAUGUCAGGAAGAACAAAGGAAAGGAUAAUACAGCAGGUGGAGAGAAGUAAAAGAAAGCCACACACUGGGAACAGCCCUGCUAACCUUUUUUCACUUGCUUUCUUAGUGAGAGAAUAGCACCCAGGCUGGUUAUUAACAUUUCAUGCAUUUGGUAAAGAGGAGUUGGAUAUUAUGAGCUCUGUCAUCAGAAACAUAAGCCUUAAAAACUUGGAAGACUUGUAGGUGGGAAUUUCUUCAAUGCAUAAAUCAAAGAAAAAUGAUAAAAGCACAGAAAACUGCCGCAGACUGAAAAGAACCCAAAGGACAUCAUCGCUGCAAGAAACUGCGAGAAACUUUUUUUGAUUUACAAGAGCUGGACGUGGAAGCUCUGGGAACAGACUCAAAAACAAUGAAGAGAACAUCUCGUGAGCAAUCACUUGAUAUCACCAUGCACAGUGAGAUCUUCUCUUCGCAGGUUGAAAGUCUCUAAUAUACUUCUGACAAAAUCUGUGGUUAUUUUAUUUUUUUUGUUUGGUAACCAACAUAAACGUUUGAUAAAUAGUUUCAAACAUGGCAAAUUCUCAGCUAGAAUGCUUGGAUGAAGACAAGGAAUAUGUGGAAAUAACUGAGGGAAACCCUGAUUUUUUUUACUCCGAAAAACAAAGGACUGCCUUAGAAACUCUGUUGUCUUCAGGAGCACAAGCCUUCCAAAACUCUAUCAAACAUGAAGGGAUUCGUCAGUUUUUGUCUAAAGAGGAAAUUGCUUUGAUUGAGAGCUCUGCUACCAUUUCUCAAAUAGGUAAAGUAGAGUUAGAUGAUGAAUCCGAACUUGACGAUGACUUGAGUAUUAGUUAUUGGCCAGGUAAAUCUGAUAUACCAACACCUAUGCUUGAUCUGGGUUGGCCUGAAGGGGGCUCUUGGAAGGGGAUAACACGAGCAGAGGUUUAUACCCAUCCUCCUACCAACAAUGCUCCUCAUAUCAAGGUGAUGGUUCGAAGGACUAUACAGAAUGCAACAAAGGUUAUAGCUGUUGUUAUGGAUGUCUUUACGGAUUCAGAUAUUUUCCUUGACUUGUACGAAGCAGCCACAAGACGCAUGGUUCCAGUUUACAUAAUUAUAAGCCUGCAUCAUUUAUCAUCGUUCCUGCAGAUGGUGGAAACACUUGCAGUUAACGUCCGUUUCAUUGAGAACAUGCGCAUAAGAAUACUUUCAGGAUGUACCUUCAACACCCGACACUUAAAGCAAGUAACUGGAAUUCUAAAAGAGAAAUUUCUUCUGGUGGAUGGUGAAUCUGUAAUAACAGGGACAUAUAGUUUUACAUGGAGUGACUCACGCCUGGAGAGAAACAUUAUCACACUUUUAACUGGAGAAAUUACUGACUCAUUUGAUAAUGAAUUUCGAACAUUAUUUGCUGCUUCCCGUCCUCUGCAAAGAUAUGAUUUUGCCAAAGAUUUCCACAAAGAUAUUAAUAGCAGAACACCAAUUCCUUCACUAGCAAUAUCAGUACCAAAAGAGCCUGAAUUUGUCAAUCACAUUUGCCAACCUGAAGAACGUAUUAAAGAAAUAAAUGGAUUUUCAUCCCCAGAAAAAUUUAAUACAAGUGGGAUGAUGCAACCAGCAGAAAUGCCAGCCCCAAUCAUCAGUCCAUUAAUUGGGGUUCCAUUAUCUAAGAGUGUUAAUAAGAUAGCAGAACGUCGUUCUGUAGUCCCAGCAAUGGAAAAGAAUAUUGGAAGAAACCCAGGGUUCAAUCAUAUAUUAGGUGUCCCUGAUUCUUUACGCAUGGCCAAAGAAACUGUGAAUGUACCUGACUACUCUAUUCGGCACCGCCUAGCUGCGUGUCGCAAUUUUGAAGGCUCUACAGCAAACUUACGAGGUGGACAAGAGUCACAUAGUGCUCUAAGUGAUAUUCUUAAGAAUGUCCAGCGCUCCAGGCUGUCUGUUGCCAAAACAACAGGGGGAAGACCCAGCAAGUCCCUAUGGGAUCUUAGUCGCCUAUCCCAAUUGUCUGGUUGCAGUGGGGACCAAAAUUUAAGGCAAAACCCACUGGAACCUGGGGAUGAGAACAAGAACAAAUCUAGGUGGAUGUCCAAAGAUACUCCUGCAAUGUUACUGAUGCGACAGAGGGCUUAUCCGAAUGAAGAUUCCAGAGUCCGUGAACCAGUAAACUCUGUUGCCUCAGGCUUUAAACCAUCUGCAGUCAUCUCACCUGUAAGACUACAAGGACAAUUGGUACAUAACAUGAAUGCUACUGCUGUGCCCAGACAAUGGGUUAGUCCAUCAAGACAUAUAAGACCUCGUUACUUCUAAAGUAUUCUGUUGAUAUUUUAUUUUUAGCUUUAAGCAACAUUGUUUUUCUUAGUCAAGAUAGUUUUAAUAUUAUAUUUUUUAUCAAAACCUCAUCAGCAAAUAACUCAGAUAUUUUAAAAUUCUGGGUGGUAUAUGUGAAUAUCAGUGAGCUCUUUGUGCUGUUAUAACAAAGAUGCCCGCAUCCACCUGACGUUUACAUGAGAUUUUAUUUCAGAGUUUUUGUUUUUACUGAGAUGUUUAUAUUUUUAAAAAGGAUUAACAAAACCAUAUUCACCAUGGAUGUCUUCUUCAUUUUACCAUUGAGCAUGCUGAAAGACAAGACCACGUGGAAGAAACAUUAUAUUGUAUAUUCACACUGGCAACUGAAAUAAUGCUCAAAAAGUGUACAUUUGUUCAAUAAUGUGUAAAAUGUGAUCAAUAAAUUACUUAUAAUAGUUUACGAAAAGUUUAUUUGAAUUUUACUUUAACCGUGAUUACAUUGCUGAAGUUUUAUGAGAUUUAUUAUAUUAACUGACAUACACAGGGAAUAAUUUUGUGCUUAAAAUAUGUGUGAAACUAAAUGUAUUUAGUAUUUCUGGAUAUUUUUGCAUCAUGUUUAAAGUAAUUUAUCUACUGCAUGUUAACUAUAAUACCUUCAAGAUAAAUGAGUGCCAUAUUUACUAGUAUUAUAGUUAAUGAAAGAAACAAAUAUAGUUGUUGUUUUUUUGUGUUGAUGUAAUAUCCAAACAUUCAAAAAUGCAGUUAGUCUACUUAUUUUUAUUGUAAGAGCCCAUUGUAUUGUAUAGGGCAGCAGAGCACUCUGUGAUGAUGCUCCUACCUCAAUUUUAA